UUCAAGUAUGUUUUUGACCAAUAUCUCUGACAAGAAUUGUAUACGCAAGUAAGUAAAUUCACAAAGAUCUCAAAUACAAGAAUCUAUACUCAGUUACCACCUACACCUGCCUUUUUGCUCUCUAAGAAAACAAUGGUCCCCUACUGGUAUAACCAUCACAAGUUCCCCCACCACCAACAGGAGCCACCAGCAGUGUCAAGCACCAUCAACAAACAUCUAACCCCACCAUCUCCUAGGACCUCCCUUUCCUUCCAAAAAAUCCCAUAAAUAAGCACCCAUGUGAUGGAUACACUUGAUGUUUGUAUUAACAGGUUCUGCCACUCUAUUUCUCAACUUUCUUUCUUUCUUGUUGUAGUAUUAUUAUAUAUAACUACUCCGUACUUGUACUAAUACCAACAUGAGGUUUCAGAAUUUGAUGCAAAUAACAUUAUAUAUUUGUUAGUACUUUGUUGUCAGCUCUUUGAUAGUUGUAGCUUUUAUUAUGUUUUCUUGAUACUGCUAAGUUACAUAUCAAGAAUUCCGUACUUCUGUCUUCUCGUUUACUAGCACAAGAGAGUACUUUCUUUCCCAGAGAUGCCGACGCCAGUUAGUACUGCUAGGCAAUGCUUGACGCAAGAAGCUGCCAUAACUCUCGACGAUGCUGUGGCGAUGGCAGGUCGUCGUGGCCACGCUCAAACUACGUCUCUUCAUUUCAUAUCUUCCUUAUCGUCUAUUCCUUCUUCAUGUUUACGUGAGGCAUGUUCUCGUACCCGAAACAAUGCAUACUCCGUUCGUGUCCAAUUCAAAGCGCUAGAACUCUGCUUAGGGGUGUCAAUGGAUCGAUUACCUUCAUCGCCCAACAGGGUCGACGAUCCGCCUGUAUCGAAUUCUCUCAUGGCAGCCAUAAAGCGGUCGCAAGCAAAUCAGAGACGGCAGCCAGAGAAUUUCAGUUUUUAUCAACAACAGCUGCAGCUUCAGCAGAAUCAGUCAGCUUCUUCUUCAGUUCCAAUAGUUAAGGUUGAGUUGCGAAAUCUCGUAAUUUCUAUCCUUGAUGACCCUGUUGUGAGUAGAGUAUUUGGAGAGGCUGGUUUUAGGAGUUGUGAUAUUAAGCUUGCUAUUCUUAGACCUGUUCAUCAUCUCUUCAGAUAUUCAAGAUUCAGAGGACCACCACCCAUGUUUUUGUGUAAUCAAACGGAUUUGUAUCAUCGCUUCCCAUUCUUGGGCUUUUCGGGUGGAGAAGAUGAUGAUUGCAGGAGAAUUGGGGAGGUUUUCGUCAAGAAUACACGAAAAAAUCCACUUGUUCUUGGUACUUGUGCACAAGGUGCUAUGAAUAGUUUCUUGGAAAUGGUACAAGGAAAUAGAGGAGGAGGAAUUCUGCCUGUUGAGGUAUGUGGAUUGAGUGUGAUUCGUAUCGAUAUUGAGCUAUUAAGGUUUGUUAAAGGGGAAUGUGAUGAGGAAUUAGUGAAGUUGAAGUUUGAGGAAAUUGGAAUUAUGGUGAUGCAUAGUUUAGGGCCUUGUCUUGUUGUCAAUUAUGGGGAUUUAAAACAGUUAGCAAGAGAUGAUGCUUCUAUUGAUUCUUGUAGGUAUAUAGUUAGCAAAUUGACAAGUUUGCUUGAAGUUUAUCAAGGGAAAUUGUGGUUGAUUGGGUGGGUGGAGAGGUAUGAGAUAUAUUUGAAAGUUUUGAAUAGAUUUCCCUACAUAGAAAAAGAUUGGGACUUGCAGCUUCUGACAAUCACUUCUUCUGGACCUCCAAAGGAAGAAACAUUUCCCAGAUCCAGCUUGAUGGAAUCUUUUGUGCCAUUGGGAGGAUUUUUUUCUACCCCAGCUGGUGAUAUUAAAAGCCCGUUAAGCUGUUCAUACCAGACUGCAUCCCGGUGUCACCUAUGCAAUGAGAAAUGCAAACAAGAAGUAAAUGCUCUCUCAAAGAGUGGAUUACUCAGCAGUGUUUCAGUUGCAGAUCACUACCAAUCAAGUCUGCCUUCUUGGUUGCAAAUGACUCAACUCAACACACCUAUGAAGGCCAAAGAUGAUAAGAUGGUGUUGGGUGCUAAAAUUGCUGGUUUGCAGAGAAAAUGGGACAAUCUCUGCCAGCGUUUACACUACAAUCAACCAUUACCCAAGACUAGCGAUUCCCAGAUGAGUUCUCAAAUCCCAUCAGUUGUAGGAUUUCAAGUUGUUGAAGACCACAAAGAAAGCGUCAAUAACGAAAAACUUGGCCACCAGAAUGCAUCUUCAGCAGAAACUGGAAGGAAAAAUAUGACUUCCACAAUUUCUUCAUCAAUUGAAAGCACCAAUUUUGUCUCCAAGUUUAGUAAACCGCCCUCACAAGGUGAUGAUGAACAGGCCUUCAACUCCCCAACCUCUGUAACUUCAGUGACAACAGAUUUAGGUUUGUGCAUGGCCUCUACUUCUCCAAGCAAAGAACAAGCACAUGACAUAUCAUGCAAUGUUUCAGCAAGUGCUGAGGUGGCCUCGAGGAGUUUCGUUAACCGGACUCCUCUAUCUCCAUCUUCUAAAUCUCUUCAACAGCAAUUGGAUCCAAAAGAUUUCAAGAUGCUAUACGCAGCUCUUACGGAAAAGGUUAAUUGGCAAGAGGAGGCUGUAAAUGCCAUUAGCCAAACAAUAGCUCGAUGCAGAAGUAGAAAUGAUCAAAGAAACAAUUGUCCAAGUCGUGGAGACGUAUGGCUCAACUUUCUUGGACCUGAUAAGCUUGGUAAGAAGAAAGUCGCGAUUGCUUUGGCUGAGAUUCUAUAUGGAAGCACAAACAACUUAAUCUGUGUCGACCUAAGUCUACAGGAUGAAGCCGUGUUGUUUGAUCACCAGGUAUUGAAUCAAUACGAUGUGAGAUUCAGAGGGAAGCAUGUUGUCGAUUAUGUUUCUGAUAAACUGAGGAACAACCCCUUAUCUGUUGUUUUCCUUGAAAAUGUGGAUAGAGCUGAUCUACUCGUUCAGAAAAGCUUGUCCCGGACUGUUAAGACUGGUAGAUUUUCGGACUCUCAUGGUAGAGAAGUUAGUAUAGCUAAUGCAAUCUUUGUGACAACAUCAUCAAUAUCAGCUGAAGAAAGCACACUUCCUUCUGCCAAAGAAACAACUGACUAUUCUGAAGAGGAUAUAUUGGCAGCUAAAGGAUGGGAAAUCCAGAUACUAAUAGCAUUUGAUCUUGCAGAUGAUGUCAAAAGUCCCAACUCAAGUGCAUUGGUAACAACUAGGAAAAGAUCGUCUAGCCAAAUCUUUGUGAAUAAAAGAAAGCUUACUACUGGUCCAACCGAAAGUGUAGAUCAGCAAUGCGGAAGCUCAGAGAUGGCAAAACGAGCCCACAGGGCAUCAAACGCAUGCCUAGAUUUGAAUCUUCCAGUUGAAGAGAUUGAAAAUUAUGAGAACUUUACUGGAGAUUCUGGCUGUGACUUUGCCAAUGAAAACACCACAGCAUGGUUGAAACAAUUGUUCACACAAUUUGAUGAGACUGUGAUUUUCAGGCCAUUUGAUUUCGACUCUCUGGCUGAGAAGCUGUUGAAGGAGAUCAGACUAUGCUUCCACAAAACUGUCGGUCCAGAAUGUUUGUUAGAGAUCGACACAAAAGUAUUGGAACAAAUUCUGGCAGCUGCAUGCUUAAGUGACAGCAAGAAAAUAGAAGAUUGGAUUCAACAUGUUCUUAAUAGGGGAUUUGUCGAAGCUAAAGAAAGAUAUAGCUUAAGUGCCCGUUCUAUAGUGAAACUUGUGACCUGCGAAAGCUAUUUCCAAGAAGUGCAUAUACCAGGUGUUCUCCUUCCUUGCAGAAUCAUAGUGAACUAAGAUCUAAGUUUCUCUAUUUAGUAUAUGUAAUAUAUAGUGUAUACACAUUUUAGCACCUAGUUAAGUAUGCUUGUGUUACCCGAUUUAUCCCAUGUUUUAUUGGGUUUUAUAUGCGGGUCACGUUUGUAUAGUUUAAGGGUAUAAAUUGUAAUAUUUCACCAAGGUAACGGUUAGGUAUGAAUUAUUUAUGUGUUAUCAGCU